UUGCACUGGCUGCUGCAAAUGUUAAAUAUUGACAUUUUAAAUAUGCAAAUUGAUUUUUAUGCAUAAAGUCAAAGUAGCCGACGCAAAUCGCACAGUUUCUUAUUGUACUUUGCGCCGCGCAGACAUACAUUGCUACUGCAUAUGCGUAAUGGCGAUGCAGCCUCUCUUAGUCGCUGCUAUUCUACUACUCUGUUGUGACCUUGGUCAAGCAGCUGACUGCGAAUUCGGCGAGCGUCAGUUUAAUAUUGGUGAAAACUUCGAAAAUCCUGGCGAAUGCGCGAUUUACCAUUGCGAUGCUGAGGGCAGCAUAUCAGCGAAGAGCUGCGCGGAGUCGCUACCACCACCGAACUGCAAGACGAUACCACAAGAUAACACCAAACCCUAUCCAGAUUGUUGUAAACGACACGAUUGCUAAAAGCGUCUAGUGAACAUUUAUUAUAAGGAAAUUAUUUUAAAAAGUGUUAAAUUAGAGAGAUUUUAUGUUUAUAUGUAUAUGUUAGAUAAUUAUCAAAGCACUUCAAAUGUGAAAAAAUAAAUCGAACAUAAACUUUAAAUAGUUAUGCGCAGUUUGCCUGCGUUGAGUGAUAACCUGUGAUGCUGUGUUUUGUUGUUGUAAACAACAACUUGCGUGUAGCCACCGGCCAAGACUACAAACAACAACUACAAAAGACUUCGUUAGUUACUUAUAGCUUUAUGUUUGUGCUCAAGGCCACUGCUUAGAAGAUUUAUUUAAUCAUACUUUUAUUGAGAGAUCUUUCUGCCAUUAAUACACAUUUUCCAAUUACUCUUGUCACUUUAUUAUUAUUAUUUUUUACUAUAAACAUUAUAUACUUGUAGUUAUUAAA